UCGGUCACACAGACGUGCUCUCAGUGCUUUCUCUCUCUCUCUCUCUCUCUCUCUCUCUCUCUCUCUUGCUCCACUCUCAAUCCCUCUCUUUAACACACACACACACACACACACACACACACACACACACACACACAUAAUUUGCUCGACUCAUUCACAGCCACGGGUCAGCCGGCCUCACGUUUCACCUUGCUCUGCCCCCUGGUUGAAAGAAGAGGGAGCCUCUGCAAGGUGCAGCCAUCCCACAGUGCCUUCACAGCCGGGUAACGUUCAGUCAAGAGACCUGAGUGCUCCUGGGGAAACUUGAGAAGAGCUACAACCUUGGUUGGAGAUGGAAUUACAAAGUGCUAUAUCACCUCUGCAGUGAAGACGGCACAGGACAACCAGGCACAUUCACAUUCAGACUCCUGACUCACAUCCGCUUCGUGUUUGACCAUGCUCUUUUUUCCGAAUGGUUCCUUCUGAAAAAAGCACAGCGGGACAGGAACUGUACGCGUCGGAGAGCCGAAUGGGGAGCAACAUCAUGCCAGCUGUUUGUGCAAGGUGCAUCUUGGGAGUGUGACCCACCAUGUGCAAAUGGACGGCGACCGUUGCUGCUCACUGUGCCGACCUCACCUCCAUCGGCCCAGCCCCUCUCGGACUACCUCUGCUGCCCGGCGUUCUCCCGGUGCGCCUUGCGUGCCUCACCUUGCUCUUCUUUCUGGCCAGUGCAGCACUUGCAGGAUGCCCGGGUCAUGACCCACUGCACGUGCUGGCACGGGGCACGAACUGCUCAUGGACUCUGGAACGCCACACGCGCAGUUACAACCACCUGGAAGGAGACGUGCGACUCCGCCGCCUGUAUUCUGCCAACAAGUUCUUCCUCUGCAUCGACAAGAGCGGCAAGGUGGACGGCACACGGCGCAAAAACUAUCCAGACAGUCUGAUGGAAAUCCGAUCUGUUAGUGUGGGAGUUGUCGCCAUCAAAUCUGUCAGCACCGGCCUGUACUUAGCCAUGUCCAAAAAAGGCACACUCUUUGGAUCGGUAAGAUAUAGCCCAAGCUGUAAGUUUAAAGAGCGCAUCGAGGAGAACGGCUACAACACGUACGCGUCCCUGCGCUGGAAACACGGAGGCAGACAGAUGUUUGUUUCCCUGAACGGUCGAGGGAAGCCUCGGAGGGGCCAUAAAGCUCGACGUAGACACCCUUCCACUCACUUCCUCCCAAUGCUUCCAACAUAACCCUUAAUUAGCUUUUUUAUUAUUAUUGAUGUCAUACAUAUAUAUAUAUAGCUGUAUAUGUUUGCAGAAGAUUCUUUCAACAUUAUUAUUUUUUUGCAUUGUCACAUAGUAUAUUAACUUAUUCCUCCAUUCCUGUUAGCUUAAAGCCUAAUACAUCAACAAUCACCUUCCAUGUUCUUACUGGAGAAACUAAACAUGUUCACCAUCUCUAACCAGCUGCUGUAGAAACGCUCUAGACCUUCAAAACACCAUUUUUUAUGUGUUUGCUCAGAUGUGUAUUUUUAUAGCAUCAGUUAUAAAAUACUAGUAGAUGUGCCUCGAACAAUGAAACAAUGAGAGUUUCCCAUUCAGCUGACAAAAAUAUUUGAAUUACAUUUUACACCAGUGGUGGGCCGUGUAUUUCACCCCCCAGGCCUUUAGUGGUGUCCUGCCUGAAUCCAUUCAUUGGUUAAUCCCAUCAUUAUGAUGCUGCAUCACACACAGAAUCUCAUACAGCGAGAAUGAACGUCAUCAUGAAAGCAAAAAACCCAAUUAUCACAAUUCAACAUGUCUCCUUUCACUGGAGCCACAACUGCACCUCCACAUACAUCAUCUCCAGCAGAAGCAUCGAUAUUCACCGCAUCACAUCACCCCGGGGUUUCCUGAUUUUUUUUUAAAAUUAAGGUAAAUUGUACAGAAAAGAAAAUGCAAAAGUAUAAACGGUUCAUGAAAACGCCCAACAAUUGUUUUGAGCUGUUUGAUCAUGAUGUCCAGCCUUUCUGGAAAAGUCCGUCUUGUAAACGUAUUUGUAAGUGUAAUCAAUUUCUUCUCCUCUGUCAGUUGUUGUGGAAUGGAAAAAAAAAAAAACAGCUAUUAAAUCCACAUGAAUAUAUUUGAGCUCUGAAGAGUGACGUGAAUGAACGUGAAAAUGCAGACACGUUUGGACACCUUCUAGAGGGCCUCAGUGUCGCAGACUCGGGAUCUGAAUGGUUAAAACAACAGCUUCAAGUCACUUACUUUACACUACAGGCGCCUUCACUGCUGAUUCUAAAGCCUCAAGGCGGACCCCAGUACCAUGUGAUGUGACAGCUGAAAUCUGAUUGGAUUAAGACUAUAAUUUAUACUUACACUCCGGGAAGUAGUGCAAGUGCAAGAAACGCUAUAAAAUGAAGAGAAUAGAAUAUUGGGAAUACCAGACAUUAAAUUUAAAAAAUACAGUAAUCCCCCGUUUUCCGGCGGUUGGAAUCUCUCGCGGAAUUGAGUUUGCUACAUAAGUAAAUAGUUUAGCUGAUUUUCUGGAUAGACUAAAACACUCACAGGGAGUUUUUUUUUUUUUUCAUAAAAAUAUAAUUAUUAAUAAUAAAAUGAAGUGAAAUUUUGAUACAGUACAGUACUGUAGACAUAAAAUUGCAUUUUUGGGGUGGCGUCUGUUUAUCGUCUGCGGUUUUGUAACGUAACCACUGCGAUAAACGGGGAUUACUGUAUAGUGAACUGUAGGUUAGUGAUUGUGAUGGAGUUAAAGCAGAAGAAAAAACUCCUGACGGCUCACCACUGGUUUUUACACGUCACAUUAAAAAUAUUUUUAAACAUUAAACAAUUUUUUUUUUACAUUAAUUAUAUUCACAUUUUUUCUACGAUUGGGAAAGAGGUAGGAUUUGCUUUUAAAACUUUUUGAUUCAAAAUGACAGGUUAAAAAAUCUAAUCCAAGAAAUGCACAUUUAACAUUAAAGAGUAAUUUUUUUUUUUUUUUACAGAAAUAGCUAAAUUCUUGCAUACAUCAUUCAGUGUUUA